UAGGCUCAGCAAUGGCAUAAUCGUCCAAUAGCUUUAGCGCUCAAAAAUACCGUUGAAGAGAGAAGAAACAACGCUUUUCCGCCAUUAAAGCAUAACAUAUGGAUCUAUAGAAAGAGCGAGAACGCAGAAGAAGAGCUCAGCGAAAAUGAUAGAAUGGCUGAGAAAGAUGCGAACUGCGUUUGGGGCUUCGUUUCUUUGGCUCGUCUGCUUGAUCUACUUCACACAGGGAUUUAGAUCAUUUGUGUGGACAGCAGUUUCUUACCAACUAAAAGAUAGGCUCAAGUUAUCACCUUCAGCUUCUCAAUUUGUUUUUUCAGUAGCAUUUUUUCCAUGGAGCAUUAAACCAUUAUACGGAAUUAUUUCAGAUUGUAUACCAAUUAAAGGAAGAAAAAGGGUUCCAUACUUAGUUAUAUCAACUGUGCUCUCUCUUAUACCAUGGCUUGUACUAGGGCUUAAUGAAAGCGUGAGAAGUUCCAGCUGGCACCUCACAUCUCUCUUAACAUUGCAAAACUUAGGCUCAGCCAUGGCUGACGUAGUUGUUGAUGCAAUGAUUGCUGAGGCAGUAAGAUCUGAGAGGGCUUCACUUGCCGGAGAUCUCCAGUCAAUGUCUUGGUUAGCAAUGGCUUUUGGUGGUAUAUGUGGGAGUUUGUCAGGAGGAUAUGCAUUAAUUAACUUCAAUAUAGAUACAAUAUUUCUCCUGUUUGCUAUAUUACCAUCCCUGCAGUUGUUAUCAUGUGGCUUGGUUGAGGAGAGUUCUGUAGGCAGUAAAGUUCUCGACUCUUCUAACUCAGAAAACUCCAAUGAGGUGAAUGGGAAUAGUAGUUCUAUAGAUGGAGAUAAUUUCUUGGACAAGAAAUCCAGCAUCAGUACUUUCAGAAGAAAAAGGAGUCAAAAGGACCGUAAAGAAGUUAUCUCUACUGAACUCCAGAGUGCUGAAAAAGUUGACUCCUUGGCAUCAUCAUGGUUCCACUCGCUGAAAUCUGCAGCUUAUAGCCUGUGUUGUGCUUUUGGAAAACCAAUCAUUUUCAGACCAAUGGCUUGGUUUUUUCUGGCACAUAUAGCAGUUCCGAAUCUCUCAACAGUCAUGUUCUAUUAUCAGACUGAGUUCUUGAACUUGGAUGCAUCUUUUUUGGGGACUGCACGAGUUCUUGGAUGGUUAGGUCUAAUGUUUGGAACAUUUGCCUAUAAUCAGUACUUAAAGACCAUGAAGUUAAGAAGAAUCCUCAUGUGGGCUCAUAUUGGGUUGACUGUAUUGGGUCUGCUGGAUGUUGUUUUAGUGUCUCGGCUCAAUUUGGCCUUUGGAAUAUCCGAUAGGAUAAUGGUGCUUUGGGGAUCUGCUCUAGGUGAUGCAGUCAAUCAAUUUAAGUUUAUGCCAUUCCUGAUCUUAUCCGGGCAGCUGUGCCCACCUGGGAUUGAAGGAACCUUGUUUGCUCUAUUCAUGUCAAUAAACAACUUAGGAUCGACAUUGGGGUCAUUCAUGGGAGCCAGUUUGGCUUCGAUUUUGAACAUAUCAUCGGGUUCUUUUGACAACCUCCUUUUGGGCAUUGUCAUUCAAGUCUUGUGCACUCUCAUUCCUAUUGUGUUCUUAUUUUUGAUACCAAAGGAAGCUACAGGAGUGUCAACAUAGAAAGUGAUUUUAAACUUGUACGAUACAAACACAAUUAUACAGCAUUACAAAGUUGUUGAGAUAUGUAUUGAAUCAUUGUAGAAAGUUGAUAUAGUUAUAUCAACUCUUAAUUAUGAGCUAGGCCAUGAUAAUUCCAAAGUUGUGUAACUUGGUAGAACAAUUUUGAUAUGUGGAUGUUUCUUGCUAAUACUCGGGCUGGGCAUUUUCGUCACAGUGGGCCGACCAAACCGGUCAACCUGGGCCGAAAAAGCUUAAUUUGAGCAGGCCGAAAUUAUAUGCCUUAAGAUAAAUCCUAAUAUUUACUUGA